UUUCAGUAAAAUGCCAACCCAAGCGCGCUGCGACCGUGUCCCGCCAGCUGACGGAGUGUGGGGAGCCGUGGAUUUGCGGGUACUUCAAGAGGAUGACUUACCGCUAGACCCACGAACAUGGUGCCGCGCGCACGUGGCCGCGUGGGUGUCACGCCGCGGCGGGCUGCCCGAGCGCUUCCCCAUGAACGGCAAGGCGCUGUGUCUCAUGUCACGGGAUAUGUUCUCUGCGAGAGUGCCGUGUGGAGGGGAUGCGUUGCAUAAGGACUUCCGAAGACGUCUAGCCAAAGCGUUAGCAUUACAAGAAUUAAUCGAAAAAUUGGGCGCAAAAUAAAUUUUAAUAAUUAUUUAAAUUAACAGUUACAUAUCACAUAGUUAAAUAAAAUAAUUUAGAAAUGUAGUAAAAUCAUAAUUUUGUAAUGUAUUUUCUUUUUUACUAAUUUUGAUUAAAGCUCAUAUGAGCGAGUGAGAUGGGACACUGUAAGAAAGAGACGGCACGAGGCUGCCAUCUUGUUUUUUUAGCUCUAUUUUAUAAAAUACCUACUUAACUUGUUAUGGUAACUUUGGUCACAAGUUCCUAGACAUAUAUUUUUUUAUUUGUUUGUAUUCAGUUGUACUGUCAAUAAUAAUUAUUUAUAACUAUAAGUAGAAAGGUGUAAAUAUAGAAAAAAGCAAGCACACGUGUCAGAAGUGAAACUUUGGCAAGAUUCAAAGAUACCAAAAUCGUGGCUUUACUCCACUUACGCGAUCGCGAGCAUUAUUUCAAUUUAUAAAUUUAUCUAUGAAAGUUGAAAUAUUAUCUGCAGUUAGUUACUUUUUAUUAGCUUAUUUUCCUUAUUUAUGAUUUUUAAUAAUUAUUUUUUUAUGAAAAU